AUGCCAUCAUUACCUUCCUUACCAUCCCAUCUCGCCUUACCUACCACGGCGCAGAAAUGGAGAACCAGAUUUUUCAAAUCAUUAAACUUUUAUCGUAUACAUCUAUUGGCUUUUACCAUAAUUCCGUUGAUAUUAUCGGGGAUCAUGUAUGGAGCGAAUACCGAAUAUCAUAUCGAUUAUGUGGAUUGUCUCUUCUGCUGCAUGUCAGCUAUGACUGUGACUGGUCUAGCUACGAUAAAUCUCAGUACGCUGAGUGCGUUUCAGCAAUUUUUGUUAUUCUUUCAAAUGGUUAUAGGUAGUUUGACCUUCGUAUCCAUCCUCAUGAUUGUCGUCAGACAAUACUUCUUUCGACAAACCUUCAAACACGUAUUGAAAGAGCGUCAAGCUCGAUCUAAAGGUUUCAGAUUCAGCAAAACUUUCUCUAGAGUCGGUACAAUCGGUGCACCUGUCUCAGCUAUCAGGAAGAAGUUUAGUGGGCUUACAACGAAAGAUAAGCGUCCCGAAGAAGAUGUUAAGGAAGGCACCGACGAAGGUCGGACUUCUACCCCUUCCCUCGUGAUGAAACCCAUCACAGCCGCCCCACCCUCUCCCAAAGGGUCUCACCACAAAUCAUCAGCUAAGAAGCACGAUACGAAGAAAAAGGGACAUAAGAAGAUCAAUCCCGAUAUGAUCAAGAGAGUAUCAGGUGGUGGUGUCGGACUGGUCAAUCCGAUGGGAUGGUAUGACGGUGAAAGAACUUCGAUCAAGACACCUGCACCUACACCUGAACAUAUAGAUGAUGUACCUCUACCUUCGGAUAAUGGCGGAGUAUUGGGAUUGAGUCUAGACGAUGGGAGAGGAGUACAGAGUGGUCAACAGCUUAAUAACGCUCUGGAGAAAGCGGUCGAAGAUGGGAAAGCUUCGGUGGUAGAUGAUGAUGGACCGGUCACUCAGAGUCCUGGUCAACUUACUCCAGAGGAGAAUGUUGAGGGUAGAGGUUUGCCACCUUCACCUCGGCAAAGAGUCCCAUAUGCCGGUCUUCAACUUGCAGACGAUGCCUUCCCCCGAUCCAAGACCAUCGCGUUCGAUGACGAGCAAGCGGAUUACCAAGAUCCAAGAGGAGCUACUACACAACGUGAAGGCGGAGGUUUCCCUAGAUCUGCGACUUUCCGAAGUGCAGCUGGUGGAGAUCGACUCCCUCGCGAACCAACUUUACAGUCCGGCAACUUCCCUCGUACAUACACCUUACGACCUACCGUAUCGCACAGGCCCGACCCGCGAAUGAGCGGAUUCGGAGGUUUCCCAACUCCAUUUGAAAUUGGUAAAAAAUUAUUUAGGAGGGCUUUCCCAGAGGCGACCAACAAUCUAACCAGAUCAUUGACGAUGGCCAAAACGAUGACUGUGCCUCGGACGAACACCACAGCAGGCAGGGGAAGUAUAGCUGCUGCCAGUGGGACUGAGAAGGAAGUCCCCUAUAUCUCCUUCGCAGCUGUCGUAGGGAGGAAUUCGAUGUUCCAUAGUCUGACGACGGAACAGAUGGAUGAAUUAGGUGGGGUCGAGUACAGAGCGUUGAGGGUGCUGUUGUAUAUCGUUGUUGGGUAUUUUAUCUUCUUCCAGUUAGCCGCCUUUGUGAUUAUAGCCCCCUAUAUCUCGGCGCAGGGGAGAUACGAUCAUGUCUUUGAAGCCCAACCUAGGAUGGUCCAGAUACCUUGGUUCGCCCUCUUUCAGUCUGUAUCCGCCUUUUCAAAUACGGGUAUGAGUCUCUGCGACUUGAGUAUGGUACCGUUCCAAGGAGCUUACCUGAUGAUAGUCGUCGUGAUUAUUCUUAUCUUUGCUGGGAAUACGGCUUUUCCUAUCUUCUAUCUGGUGUACAAACUCGUUCCACAAUCAUCUCGUGCUUCUGAAUCUUUGCGAUUCUUGUUAGAUCAUCCUCGAAGAUGUUUCGUAUACCUCUUCCCUUCCACUCAGACAUGGGUCCUAAUGCUCGUCUUGAUCACUCUCACCUUGAUCGAUUGGGUCAGUUUCCUGGUUUUGGAUAUUGGUACACCUGCCAUCGAGAGUAUUCCUGUUGGUACAAGGAUCGCAGCUGGUCUGCUACAGUCUGCAGCUGUUCGAGCAGCAGGAUUCGGUAUUGUUGCUCUUGGCGCUUUAGCUCCUGCUGUCAAGGUUCUAUAUGUAAUUAUGAUGUAUAUCUCCGUUUACCCGAUUGCAUUAUCGGUCCGAGCUACAAAUGUAUACGAAGAGAAGAGUUUAGGAUUAUUCGGCGAAGAAGAUGACGACGAGUAUGGUACGGAAGGUGAGGGUGCUCAGGCUGUAGCGAAAUAUAUCGGUUGGCACGCAAGGAGACAAUUGGCUUUUGAUAUCUGGUGGCUUGCUUUUGCUCUUUGGCUUAUAUGUAUAAUUGAGCGAGGACACAUCAACAAUGAAGAAGACAACUUCAAUAUUUUCAAUGUCAUUUUCGAAUUGGUCAGUGCGUAUGGUACAGUAGGCUUGAGUUUGGGUGUGACAUAUGACAAUUUCUCGUUUUCCGGAGGUUUCCGAAAAUUAUCCAAAUUGAUCAUGGUCUUCGUCAUGCUGCGAGGUAGACAUAGAGGAUUGCCUGUUGCUAUUGACCGUGCAGUGAUGUUACCUAAAGACUUCACUGCAGCAGAAGAAACAGCAUUCGAGGAAGAACGAUCUCGACGAGCAUCCCGACGUGGAAGUAUGUUCGAAGGCGAUGUAUUCAGCACCCGAAGAGGAUCAUUCACCACGCUCUCUGGAAUGGCAGGACCAGGAACAGGAGGAAGGGAAUUAUCACCUAUACGUGGACCUAACACUGCAUUACCAGGUCAACAUCAUCAUCAUCUACCUGGCCAACCCAGCUCUCAUCAUAUACAUCAUAGUCCGAAUCCUAACAGCAGUCAUCAUCGAUCGACAUCUUUUGGCGGAUCUUUACCUGUACCUGGAUCACCUUCGAGCAACUUCAGCGCGGCUACUAGUGGAGGAGUCGAUCGGGGCUCACUUCAAUUCUCUUUACCUCGUGUGGAAAGCUUGGAAAGACCUAGUGCCAUGGGUAUGAGGAACUUCAGGCCUGGCGCAGCUGCCUCGGGAUCUCUUACGCCCGUGAAGGAAAGCUCAAUGUCGAGGAACCCUACGAUCGUCCCACAACAAGAUCCUUUGAAUGAUAGCGCUAUAGUGUAA